AUGCAAAGAACUAAGCCACUAUCUAUGGAAGAGAAGGCCAACCGUCUAGAAGAACUUCUUCACCAGUACGAUACCUUCUAUCGCAUGCAAGAUCUCGAAAAGCUAGCACCCCAACAAAAAGGCAUCAUUUCCACCAGUGUCAAAGAUGUAAUUGAACUACUCGUUUCCGAAGGCCGAGCCAAAGAGGAAAAAACCGGAGGCCGAAGACUCAUCUGGUCCUUCCCAUCCGACAAAAAGAUCCAUGUUGUCCAACAAAAGUCCCACCUCCAAGAAGAACUCAUCGCCACCCAACCCAAGAUCCAAGCCUUCCAAGCCAAAAUCAGCGAACUCCAAGCACAAAGAAACGACACACCCACCCGCCAAGCCAACAUCAGCACAUACCAACACCACCAGCAACAAAUCGUGCAACUAGACCGCCAACUAAGCAUCUACCAAGCCAACGACCCAACUCGAAUCGCAUCCCUCAAAGAAGAAAUCCAAGCCAUCACCCAAGAAAUCAACAUCCACACCGAGAACAUCUUCACUCUCCGCGCCUACCUCAUUUCCAACUUCAAUGCCGAACCCGCCACUAUUGACAAAAGCUUCAACAUCCCCGCCGACCUAGACACCAUCUAG